AUGGCCGCGCCCCCGGCCUCGGAGCCGGACCGCUUCAACGCGCUGGCCGCCAGCGUGUUCCUGGCCGCCAGGAACGGGGCGUCGGACGCCGGGAAGAACCUGGUCUGCUCCCCGCUCGGAGUGGUCAGCGCCCUGGCGGCCGCCCAGGCGGCCUCAGGCGAGGCCUCCGGUGCGUCCAGCGUGGCCCAGCUGGAUUCGAACCUCCGGGUGCUGCUCGCCUGCGACUCGCUCAGGAUGGGCAACCUGAUGCACGUCGACCAGGCCACCACGCUUCGCGAGGACUACCAAACUCUCUUCGAGAGCGAGUUCGCUGGCAAGGUCAGGGUCUUCGACAGCAAGAAGGACAUCAGCGCGACCACGGACCUCUGGGCGUCCCAGCUGACCGAUGGCGUCGUUCGCAGCGUCUUUGGCUUCCCGGACGAGGACGUAGCGCGCACCGACCUCGCGUCGGCCGCGGCGGGCGAGAUGUGCCUCGUCAACCUGGUGGAGUUCUGCGGUUGUUGGGAGCAGGGCUUCACCCGCUUCAGCGUGCAGCCCUUCUACGUGAAGCCCGACCAGGCGACCAUGGUGCCCAUGAUGAGCCAACGCAACGAGUUCGCGUACGUGCGCGACUCGGGGUACCGCUGCCUGCGCGUGCCGUACGAGUGCGAGGCCCAGCUGGUGCUCUUCGUGCCUUCCGAAAUGGCGGGACUGGACGCCAUCUUGCCGAGUCUGAGCAGCUGGGACCAGCUCAAGGCUGUCCUGGACCAAGCCAUCUGGACCACCGGUGUGACCCUCACGCUACCCAAGGUGCAGCUCGAGUCUCGGACGCUCGACCUCAGGCAGGUGCUCCGGGACCACGAACUGGGCGCUCUGCUCAAGGGCGCCGGCCCGGCGGAGCCAGUGGGCGGCGACCCCCGGCUGGGUGGGGUGUACCACAAAGCCGCCCUGAAUCUCUCCGAAGGGGGCCCAGACCGUGCCCCGCUGGGCUUUUCGGCGCUACUGUCCCUCUCCAGCCCGAUCCCACCCAACAAGCCCAUCCACUUCGUGGUGGACAGGCCCUUCAUGUUCCUGCUUAUAAAGAAAGGGUUCCUGGUCAUGAUGGGACUCGUCAGGGACCUCGAGCCCAGGAAGGAGCAGGACAAGUCCGCCACGUCUUGCAAAUCCUGA